AUGUCUUCAAUCAGAAAGCUCCUGUCUGCUCUGUUGCUUGUCCCUGCGGCCUUUGCAGAGGAUGUUCUCAUCAGCCGGCGCCAUGACUUGCACCAGAAGAGGAGCGGCUAUGGUAACUUCGAAAUUUCGAUUUACCACAUCAACGAUGUCCACGCCCACCUCGACCAAUUCUCAUCGUCAGGGACUGACUGCACACGGCCGGAAAGGGGCUGCUUUGGCGGUUACUCACGUGUCAAGACGGUUCUGAACUCGACCCGGCCGUCUAAGGAGAACAGCCUGUUCCUGAACGCGGGAGACGAAUUCCAAGGCACGCUAUUCUACAACUUCUACAAGGGCUGGAGGACCGCAGACACCCUCAACCAACUUGGAGUGAACGCAAUGACCUUGGGCAACCACGAGUUUGACGGUGGCGACGAUGAGCUGGCCGCUUUCAUCAACAACAUCACGUUUCCCAUCCUGGCGGCAAAUCUCAAGAGCACCAACCCAACUCUGAACAGCUCCGUAAAGCCAUAUGUCAUCUUCGAGCAAUAUGACAUGGCUGUGAUCGGAGUCAUCACCCCCGAGACAAGCCGCCUCAGCAACCCCGGAAAUGGCACGACAUUCACCGACCCGGUUGUCGCUGUGCAAGCCGCCGUUGACGAGAUCAAGGCCACGACAGACAUCAACAGGAUCGUUGCUCUGACACACAUUGGCUACACUGAGGACAUCAAGCUUGCAGAGCAGACCACCGGCCUCUCCCUCAUCAUCGGCGGGCACUCCCACACCCCACUGGGCAACAUCACCGGCAGCCAGGGGUCCUACCCAACGAUAGCGAACAACACGGCCGGCGAGGAGGUCUUCAUCGUGACCGCCUACCGCUGGGGCGAGUACCUCGGGUACAUCGACCUGGUGUACGACACGGCCGGGCGCGUCCUCGAGUACCGCGGCGCGCCGAUCCACCUGACGAACCAGACGAGGCAGGACCCGGCCCUGCAGGCGCAGGUUGACGCGUGGCGCGAGCCGUUCCAGGAGUUCGCCAACGAGGUCGUCGGCGAGUCGGCCGUCGAGCUGGUGCAGGAGACGUGCCAGGCCGAGGAGUGCACGCUCGGCGACCUCAUGGCGGACGCCAUCGUCGCGUACCGGCCAGAGGCCGACCUUGCCAUCAUCAACGCGGGCGGGGUCCGGGCUUCCAUCGACGUUGGCCCUAUCACGCGGGGCGAGAUCCUGACGUCCUUCCCGUUCGGCAACGCGAUCGUCGAGCUCACGCUCUCCGGCCAGCAGGUCUGGGACGUGCUGGAGGGCACCGUGUCGCAUGUCAACCAGGCCAGCGGCCGGGCGGUGACGAGCUUCUUGCAGAUUAGCAGUGGCCUCCGGAUCGUGUACGACCCCGCGGGUCAGGUUGGGAGCAGGCUUGCGAACGUGACGGUUAAGGAUGCGCCUAUCGACUUGGCUGGGAGUUAUCAGGUAGCCACGCUGGAUUAUCUGGCUGGCGGAGGUGAUAACUUCUUCGAGGCGACUACGGAUUACAUCACGCUUGACUUGCAGGCGGACGUCCUGCUUGCAUACCUGGCGAGUGUUAACCCAGUCGAGAUUGCACUGGAUGGGAGGAUUUCCACUGUGCAGCCGAGCACCCGGGUGAGGAGGAGGAUGCUCAGCGGGCUCCUCGUCUUUAGGGUUGCCGUACAAGUGGCCGGAGUGUCUGACACAUGA